GCUUCAGCUGCUCAGGGCGAUAGCCGGAGCACGAAAUGUGGACACUCGAGACCACCUGGUCGGCCUUGGGUGUGCCCAACUUGCAGACGGUUUUGAACGACCCCAGCUUCAGGGCAUUCAGUCGGCCACAUCCCAUAGAUGACUCUGGCAAAAUCUGGUUGAAUAACCUCGCCAUCCCAGUCUACACGUCUUUGCUUUCCAUUAUUCUACUUCUGCUUCACGCUGUCAUCUCAGCCUUCGUAAUAUGGCGCGCAAAAUCCAAAAGCUCGACCACCGAGGUCGAGCACGAAGACGUCCAGCCGAGCACGAGGACUACGUUCACGGCUCGUUUCCGCAAGCACGUCCAGAACCUGGGCGGCUGGGCCAUCUUUUCGUGGAGGAUCUCUCGCUUCAUCACUCUUGGUGUCUUGACCGGUCUGCAGGCUUACACAGUCUUGCUCACGCGCAAAAACGCUGCGUACGAUGGACACGUCGGCUCUAUCCUGCAUUGGCUGCAGCUCGGUUUGCAGAUCGUCUACGCGUACGCAAUCAUUUUGGCGUGGGCGUCCAUCGCUGCGAGAGCUUCAGUUGCCAGGAUCUCGGCGAGGCACCUUUGCCUCGUCCUCGUCGUCACCUGGGGUGUCUUCUUCUACCGAGACCUUUGGCCUUCUUUGACCUAUGUCCUCAGCCCCCUCGACGCGCACGAGGGCUGGCUGAUCUGGACGAAAGUCGGCCUGCUGACUUGGGCCGCGGUCGUGGUUCCUCUGCUUAUCCCUCGCGAGUACACCCCUGUCGACCCCAAGGAUCCUGCUGCGGAGGUCAACCCAGAACAGACGGCAUGCAUUCUGUCCAUGUCCCUUUACUUGUUCCUGGAGCCUCUGAUCUGGAAAGCUUAUCGCCUCCCUCAUCUGCCUUAUGACCAGCUCUAUCCUCUGGCAGACUAUGACUAUACUAAAAAUCUUGUCAAAAGGAGCUUCUCUUCUCUUGAUCCCUUCCAGACCCAUAGCAAGAGGCAUAUCUUCUUUGGCAUCAUGAGGGUAUUCUGGCGUGAAUAUAUGGUACUUAGCCUCUCGAUCGUCGUUCGAGUUAUUACCACUUUUGCAGUCCCCAUUGGUAUCUACAAAUUGCUGGACUAUCUCUCUGGCACCGGAGACCAGGUCGUUCGUCCCAUCGUGUGGGUUGCGUGGCUGGCGCUUGGGCCUAUCCUUGGUUCGGUCGCGGUGCAAUGGUACAUUUUUGUUGCGACUCGGCUCCUCGUCCAGACCCAAGCGAUCAUCACCCAGCUGGUCUUCGACCACGCCCUGCGCAUCCGCGUGAAGGCGGACACGGCAAGCACGACGCCCACCUCGAGCGCCGCCACGACACCCGACACCGCGUCCAUCGCCGAGUCUGCGCCGUCGGAGGGCGGGGACGAGUCCGAGGCGGAGACGACGACGGCCGUCAGUGAGGGCACGGCACGCGCGUCAAAGCACAAGCGCGCCACGAGCGAGGGCGGCGAGAGCACGAGCACGAAGGUGUCUGAGAAAGCGUCCGAGAGCGGCGGCGCCAAGGGCGGGAACCUCGUCGGCAAGCUCAACAACCUGGUCACCACCGAUCUGAACUACAUCGUCGACGGACGCGACUUUUUGUUCAUUCUGAUCUACAUUCCCUUCCAGAUCUGCCUUUGCAUCUGGUUCUUGUAUAACGUUCUCGGCUGGAGCGCGUUCAUGGGCGUGCUCGUCAUGGUUGUCAUGUUCCCGAUCCCCGGGUACGUCGCCAAGGUUGUUCAUAGCGUGCAAGCCGCGAAGAUGAAGAAGACGGAUGCCCGCGUCGAGCAUGUCACGGAAUCCAUGAACGUCAUCCGCAUGAUCAAACUCUUCGGCUGGGAGCCCAGAAUGAACGACCAGGUUGCUGAAAAGCGAGAGGACGAGCUGACGUAUAUUAAGAAGUUUAAGAUGCUUGAGUUGUUGAACGGCAUUCUCAACUUCUGCAUUCCUGUUCUUACCAUGAUCGUCACUUACAUGGCCUACACGGUGAUCAUGAAGAAGCAGCUGACAGCAUCCCGCGUCUUCUCCUCGAUGGCUGUCUUCGAUAUCCUCCAAGAGAACAUGCACGCUAUCUUCGGCUACCUGCCAAUGAUGAUCCAGGCCAAGGUUUCGCUCGAUCGUGUCAGCGAAUUCAUCACCCAGACCGAGCUGCUCGACCGCUACACCGCCGAGCUCGAAGAAGACGAGGCGCCGGCCUACGUCCCGCAGGUCGUCGUCGACCCGAGCGUCGUCGGCAUCCGCGAGGCCGCAUUCACCUGGAGUCGCGACAACGACGGCACGCAGACGCCGGGCAGGGGCCGCCGCAACUUUGCGCUGCGCAUCGAGGACGAGGUCACGUUCAAGCGCGGCGCGAUCAACCUCAUCAUCGGGCCCACCGGCGCGGGCAAGACGUCGAUGCUCAUGGCGCUCCUCGGCGAGAUGCAUUACCUCCCGGCCGGCCCCGAGUCGUACGUCGCGCUCCCGCGCGAGGGCGGCGUCGCGUACGCCGCGCAGGAGUCGUGGGUCCAGAACGAGACAAUCCGGGACAACAUCUUGUUUGGUGCGCCAUACGACGAGGAGCGAUAUAACAAGGUCAUCGAUCAGUGUGCGUUGAGGCGCGACCUGACUCUCUUUGACGCUGGUGAUCAGACCGAAGUUGGUGAGAAGGGCUUGACUCUCAGUGGUGGUCAGAAGGCUCGCAUCACUCUGGCACGUGCUGUUUAUUCGAAGGCCGAAAUCUUGCUCUUGGACGAUGUUCUCGCAGCUCUGGACGUCCAUACAUCGAAGUGGGUUGUUGAGAAGUGCUUCAUGGGCGACCUCAUCCGCGGUCGCACCGUCUUGCUUGUUACUCACAACGUUCACAUCACCCGGCCCAUCGCCGAUUACGUCGUUUCCCUCGGCACAGACGGACGCAUCAAGUCGCAGGGCACGCUCUCGAGUGCGUUGGCCAAAGACAAGAAACUCGCGAAGGAGGCCGCCGAAAGCGCACAGGAGACCGACAAGGCCGAACACACAGUCGAUCGGAGCGAGCCCGUCGCAGAGAGCGCUGCACCAAAGUCUGACGGCAAGCUCAUCGUUGCUGAGGAGAUUUCUGAGGGACAUGUCGGGUGGCCUGCACUCAAAUUGUACCUUGCUGCUCUUGGUGGAGACUCGCAGUUCAUCUUUUGGUCUCUGUUCUUGGGAGGCAUGAUUCUAUGCCGUCUCGUCAUGACUGCGCAGGCCUGGUACCUUGGUUAUUGGGCACGCCAGUACGAAACACACGACCCUUCGGAAGUCGACGUUGGCUAUUAUCUCACGGGUUACUCCCUGAUGCUCGUUUUCGUGGCUACGGCGUACAUCAUAGGUUAUGUUGUCUUCGUAUACGGUACACUAAGAGCCUCACGUACCAUCCACCGCGACCUCGUCAUGUCCGUCUUGGGAACGACUCUCAGGUGGCUUGACAAGACCCCGACGUCGCGUAUCAUAACCCGCUGCACGCAGGAUAUGCAAGCUGUGGAUGGUCCCGUCGCCGAGUACUUCGGCUGGCUAGUUGACAUGACUAUCUCGAUGCUCAUCAAGUUUAUGUCCGUCAUUAUUAUCUCGCCGACGUUCUUGCUCCCUGGCAUGGUCAUCUCCGUGCUCGGAGCGUGGUGUGGCCAGGUCUAUAUCAAGGCACAGCUUGCAGUCAAGCGCGAGAUGAGCAACGCGCGUGCUCCAGUUUUGGGUCACUUUGGAGCUGCGGUUGCCGGACUGACGUCCAUUCGUGCAUAUGGUGCCCAGGAAGCCUUCAGACUGGAGUCUUACAAGCGUAUCGACAAGUUCAGCCGUGCAGCUAGGACGUUCUACAACCUCAACCGAUGGGUUUGCAUCCGCAUUGAGGCACUUGCUGGUUUCUUCUCUGCCGGUCUUGCUGCUUAUCUCGUCUACUGGGGAAGCGUCUCAGCUUCCGACACUGGUUUCGCUCUAACUAUGGCUGUUGGCUUCAGCGGUAUGAUUCUCUGGUGGGUGCGGACACUCAACGAGUUCGAAGUCAGCGGCAACAGUUUGGAGCGUAUCCAGCAGUAUAUGGUCAUCGAGCAGGAGCCCAAGGCCACGCCUGAGGGUAUACCUCCUGCCUACUGGCCCGCCAGCGGCGAGCUUGUCGUCAACAAGCUUUCGGCAAAGUAUUCCGUAGAUGGUCCCACAGUCCUCAAAGACAUUGCGUUCCACGUCAAGUCGGGCGAGCGUGUCGGUAUCGUCGGCAGGACAGGCAGUGGAAAGAGUUCCUUGACUCUUUCUCUACUCCGUUGCAUCUUGACGGAAGGCGAGGUCCUAUACGACGGCAUCGCCACAGACAAGAUCAACCUGGAUGUUUUGCGUUCGAAUAUCACCAUCAUCCCACAAUCGCCCGAGCUUUUGAGCGGCACUCUUAGACAAAACCUGGAUCCUUUCAGCCUGCAUGACGAUGCAGUCCUCAACGACGCUCUGCGCGCAGCCGGUCUUUUCUCACUGCAAGAUGAGACCGACGAAGGGCGCAUCACGCUCGACAGCCCGAUCUCGAGUGGGGGCAGCAACCUAUCGGUCGGCCAACGCCAGAUUCUUGCACUCGCGCGGGCGAUCGUCCGCCAGAGCAAGCUGCUCAUUCUCGACGAAGCGACCUCCGCCAUUGACUACGAGACAGACACCGUCAUUCAGGCCUCACUGAGACAGAGACUAGGGAAGGACGUAACUCUUUUGACCGUCGCACACCGCCUCCAGACUAUAAUGGAUGCAGACAAAAUUAUGGUGCUCGACGCCGGCCACGUUGUAGAAUUUGGCAAGCCGAGCGAGCUCCUGGAGAUAGAGGGCGGCAUGCUGAAGGCUCUCGUUGAUGAGAGUGGGGAGAAGGAACACUUAUACGCCAUGGCCAGUGGCACUGCUUGAUUUCACGUAUAUAUGUACCUCAUGUACAACCGGGUUUCUCUGGGACACUCUUGAAUUCCGUGUAAGUGAAUAGAAUAGCUUU